AUGGAGGAAGGGGAAGGAAGGGUGAAGGCAUCACCUGGCUCUCCUGUGUCUGGAGGAGCAGAGCGCAGUGGUCCUGAUGUUGUGGAUGGAAGUGACCUGAAGCAAUUUUUUGAGAACAAUUAUUCUCAGAUUUAUUUUAUAUUCUAUGAAAACUUCACAACACUGGAAAAUAGCUUGAAACAAAAAGGGAAUAAAUCACAAAGGGAGGAGCUGGACUCUAUUCUCUUUAUUUUUGAAAAAAUAUUGCAGCUACUACCUGAGAGGAUUUUUUAUCGAUGGCAUUUUCGCAGUAUAGGGUCGAUUCUGAAGAAACUUUUGCACACUGGAAAUUCUCUCAAGAUAAGAUGUGAAGGAAUCCGACUGUUUCUUCUCUGGCUUCAAGCACUUCAGACUAACUGUGUGGAAGAGCAGAUAUUAAUAUUCGCAUGCCUUGUGCCUGGUUUUCCACCCAUUAUGUCCUCACGAGGUCCUUGUACGCUAGAUAUCCUCAUUAGUCCUCCAAAUUCACCAGAUGCUAAGAUUUUUCCAGAAGAAAUAACCCCACUUUUACCAGCUGUCUCUGGAGAGAAAAUUGCUGAAGACCAAACCUGCUAUUUUCUUCAGCUACUUUUGAAAUAUAUGGUAAUUCAGGCUGCAAGCUUGGAGUGGAAGAAUAAAGGAAACCAAGACACGGGUUUUAAAUUUCUCUUUACCUUGUUUAGAAAAUACUAUCUUCCUCAUUUGUUUCCAUCUUUUACAAAGCUAACCAACCUCUACAAACCUGUUCUUGAUAUUCCUGAUGUAAGACCAAGGCCAGUAUACAUUGCUGCAACACGAAACAAUGAAAAUGUCUAUAGCACAAAAAUACCAUAUAUGGCGGCUCGAGUUGUUUUUAUUAAGUGGCUUGUUACCUUCUUUCUUGAAAAGAAAUACUUAACAGCUGUUCAGAAUACAAAAAAUGGAGGAGAAAUGCUCCCUAAAAUUAUUCAGACUGUUGGUGGUGUAAACCAAGAUAAAAACACCGAGCUGGAAAGCGGUAUGUCUUACGCAAGCGAGCAGGAGCGAAGCCAUUCGAACAGCAGCACCUUGUCCGACAGAAGGCUCAGCAAUUCCAGCCUCUGCAGCAUUGAAGAGCAGCACCGCACCGUCUACGAGAUGGUGCAGAGAAUCCUCUUAUCCACUCGAGGAUACGUUAACUUUGUUAAUGAGGUGUUUCGACAAGCUUUUUUAUUGCCACCUUCGGAUAUAUCUGCAACACGAAAAGUGGUUAAGGUUUAUCGAAAGUGGAUAUUACAAGAGAAACCUGUGUUCAUGGAGGAGCCAGACAAAAAGGAAGAUGGUCAGGAUGCUGUUGUCAACUUAGAGGAUACAUCAGUGCAGACGGAUGGUAAACAUCUUUCCUCUGACCAUUCAGGACAUAAGCGCUCAUCCAGCUGGGGAAGAACAUACUCCUUUACCAGUGCUGUCAACAGAGGAUGUGUAUUAGAAGAUGAGGACAAAAAUGUUAAAGCUGGUGCUCAGGCUGCAUUACAGGUAUUCUUAACAAACUCCGCAAAUGUUUUCUUACUGGAACCGUGUAUUGAAGUGCCUGUGCUUCUGAAGGAGCAAGUUGAUGCCUGCAAAGCAGUUCUGAGUAUCUUCAGGCGCAUGAUAAUGGAAUUAUCAAUGAAUAAAAAGACAUGGGAACAGAUGUUGCAGAUACUCCUCAGAAUAACAGAAGCAGUGAUGCAGAAGCCGAAAGAAAACCAAAUAAAGGAUACAUUUGCUCAAAGCAUGUCGGGAUUACUUUUCCGAACCCUCAUUGUGGCUUGGAUCAGAGCAAAUCUGAGCGUUUACAUUUCUCGGGAGCUGUGGGAUGAGCUGCUCAGCGUUCUGUCUGCCCUGACAGACUGGGAGGAGCUCAUAAAUGAGUGGGCCAAUAUCAUGGACUCUCUAACAGCGGUGCUAGCAAGAACCGUGUAUGGGGUGGAAAUGACAAACCUACCCUUGGAUAAGCUCAGCGAACAAAAAGAAAAAAAGCAGAGAGGAAAAGGGGGCGUUUUAGAGCCUCAGAAGACAGCUGUAGUGGGAAGAUCUUUUUCAUUAAGCUGGAAAAGCCAUCCUGAAGUUGUUGAGCCAAUGAGAUUCAGAAGUGCUACAACCUCUGGAGCCCCAGGAGUUGAGAAAGCAAGAAAUAUUGUUCGUCAAAGAGCAACAGCUAAGCGAAGCCAGUCUAUCAGCAACUGUGUACAUCUUUAUGAGGCUUUGCCAACCACUAAAAGUGUCCCUCUUCUGCUUCACACUGUGAGCUCUCUCUUACCUGGUAUCUCUUACACUUCUUGUUCUCACAGACUGUCAGAAGUUGAAGAAUCACAACAGCUGGAAAAUUCAAUAGGAACAGAAGCUAUGGGUCUAUUUGCAGACCAGGAGCAGCAGCUGACUCGAAGUAGCAGCACUUCAGAUAUUGCAGAUCAGUUUCCAUCUGAUUUUUUUCAAGGUAAAAAGUCUGGGAGUUCUCAUAAUUUAACUUCUUCAGACUCCAAAUCAGUUCAGGAAAAUAAAGGAUAUGCAAAAAAGGAACAUGAAGCUGAACAAGUACUAGUACGAAGAAGCAGUAGUACAGCUGAAUUAGAUUUGAAAGUAGACUUGCAGCAAUCGCAUGGAAAUUACAGAGAGAGAGAAAAAAGUGAAAGCGUAAGCAGUGACACAUCCAUUGGUUAUAAUAAUGAAGUAGAGAUUGCACUUAUCCCCUGGCAAGUGUCUGAAGAAGAUCAUGAAGUUAAUGCACCAGCAGAUGUUUGCAUGGAUCCUGAUGCACCUCGCUGGCUUCAACUUAGUCCUUCAGAUACUGCAAAUUUAACAGACAGUAGUGAAUUUCUGGCUGAUGACUGCAGUAUAAUUGCUGGUGGAAGCCUUAUCGGUUGGCAUCCUGAUUCUGCUGCUGUGUUAUGGAGGAGGAUCUUGGGAAUUCUUGGAGAUGUGAACAAUAUACAGUCACCUAAAAUCCAUGCAAAAGUUUUUGGGUAUCUUUAUGAGUUGUGGUAUAAGCUUGCAAAGAUUCGGGACAACCUCGCUAUAAGUGUGGACAACCAGUCUACUCCCUCUCCUCCUGUCCUAAUUCCUCCUCUCAGAAUAUUUGCAUCAUGGUUGUUCAAAGCAACCACCCUGCCAAAUGAAUAUAAGGAAGGCAAACUUCAGGCAUACAGGCUGAUCUGUGCUAUGAUGACUAGGCGUCAAGACGUGCUGCCAAAUUCUGAUUUCCUGGUUCAUUUUUAUUUUGUGAUGCACCUUGGCUUAACAAGUGAAGACCAGACACAACCUGAUGGAGGCCGUGGCUGGAACUGUGGUGCAGUUGCCAGCAGAGGGCACGCAGACUCCUCCAUAAAUCCUGCGGUGCUCAACAAUGCUGCUGCUGAGAGCCAUUUCGGGUGCCUGUG